AUGUCACUCUUAGCAUCUGAGUUUGCAAUGAAGGAUUUGGACCUUUUGAGCUACUUUUUGGGUAUUGCAGUAUCUCGUCAUCCUGAUGGCAUAUUUCUCAGUCAAAGCACUUAUGCAUCAGAGAUCAUUGAACGUGCUGGCAUUGCGUCCUAUAAACCAUCAGCCACUCCUGUUGACACCAAGCAGAAACUCAUCACCUCAUCCGACACUUCUUAUGAGGAUCCCUCCUUGUAUCAGAGUCUUGCAGGGCCCCUACAAUAUCUCACUUUCACUCGACCUGAUAUAUCAUAUGUUGUUCAACAAGUUUGUCUUCACAUGCACGCCCCUCGCACAGAACACAUGCUUGCUCUUAAGCGCAUUUUGCGCUAUAUUCAGGGCACCUUACAUUUUGGACUACACUUAUCCCCAUCUCCCAUUACAAAGCUUAUCUCCUACACUGAUGCUGAUUGGGAUGGAUGUCCUGACACCAGACAUUCUACAUAUGGGUACUGUAUUUUUCUAGGUGACGACCUUAUUUCUUGGUCUUCCAAAAGGCAACCAACUCUCUCCUGUUCCAGUGUUGAAGCCAAAUAUAAAGGGGUUGCCAAUGUUGUCUCUGAAUCAUGUUGGAUUCACAAUCUUCUCAUGGAACUCCAUUUUCAUAUUCCUUAG